CUUUAUCGAAAUCACAAGUGAAAUUCUUUAAAAAGUGCUGAAUGUAGAGGUGUUGUUUUGCUGAGUAUGCACCGCGACCGCCGCUGCCAUGCCGUUCCAGCGCGGUCGCCGCUUGUGUUGCCGCUUGUCCCGCUGAGCGCCGCCGCCGCUGCGCUGUCCCGAUCCGCCGAACUCACAGCGGCACCGCUGCCGUUUAAUGGGCAGCAGCCUGGUACUGCUGAAUCAUCACGAUCCAGUCGUCAUCCAGACCCGUACAUGCGGGUCGGUGGCUCGAAAGGCCACGCCGACCGACCGACCGGCGAUUUCAUAAUAACACAGACAAAGGGGGUGCACGCUCCGUGCGGCUGUCAAGCGUAAAAAAAAGAAGCCAUGUGUCGGAAUUAACCCAGAGGACCGUGGAGCAGGUCGGCUUCCUGUGCCGUCGGUAUGCCCGGGGAUUCCCUUAUGUUCUGGCUACUACAUAGAUAGAUAUUAAGAUAUUAUGAAAGUAAGAGCAAGGGGGGACGUUAACGCAGAGAAACUACCAAGCACCUUCAGUAACAACACACAACCUCCACGCUAGCUUCCCCCACUGUCCUCUCUGCUCGGGGUGCUGAAGCGGCAGCGGUGGACACACUGACUGGAAGCGUCCUGCCGUCGCUUCACAAAAUUCACUCGUCUGUCGUUUCUUCUCAGGUCUGUUCAGAAGAGCAAGGCUCUUGUGGCAUGACGACGACUAACAAAGGAAAUAAAGCCUUGAAGGUGAAGCGUGAGCCGGGGGAGAAUGGCACCAGCCUCACGGACGAGGAGCUGGUGACCAUGUCGGUGCGGGAGCUGAACCAGCACCUCCGAGGGCUCACCAAGGAGGAGAUCCUGCAGCUGAAACAGCGGCGGCGCACCCUGAAGAACCGAGGCUACGCCGCCAGUUGCCGGGUGAAGCGGGUCACCCAGAAGGAGGAGCUGGAGAAGCAGAAGGCCCAGCUGCAGCAAGAGGUGGACAAACUGGCCAACGAGAAUGCAUCUAUGCGUGUCGAGCUGGACGCUCUGAGGUCUAAGUACGAGGCGUUACAGACGUUUGCCAGGACUGUGGCACGGAGCCCCACGGUCGGGGUCGGGGUUAGGGCCGGAGGGGGGGGAGGAGGGGGAGGGGUGCCGUCAUCAGUCAUUGGUCCUCUCAUACCAGGGAAGGUGGCAACAGCGACGAGUGUGAUCACAAUAGUGAAGUCAAAAACAGAUGCACGGUCUUGAGGGAGGGGACGAUAGAUGGGGGUGGAGUUCAGCUGCAGCAGGGUGACUCUUCUUCCCUUCCGGCCACCUCUCCUCCACCUGCACUGACUUCAAACAGCUGGGCAGUCUCCAUCACAUCGCCUCAGCAUGUUCCCGUCACCUGUCCCUCAGAUCAGUGCAGGCAGAGGAAAGGAUGGAAGCAGAGGAAGAUCAUUGAGACUAUAAAGAUGCAAGCCCCUUGGUCAGCGCAUGAUCAUUUAGCACAGGACAGACACACAGGGUUCCUACGGUCACUGAAAGCCUGGAAGAGUCAAAGAACUUGAGAUUUAAGAGUGAGAUAAUUUGGAUUUUAUUCCAGGCCAGAGAGGAAAAAAACAAACAAACAAAAACAUAAAUGCCAAGAACACUUUGGAGAAAUCAUGACAUUUUGUUCAGUUUCCAUACACAUCAGCCAAGUGUUCAGUGUUGAGUUUUAGACAACUGUAAGUGCAUAAUAAUCACACAACUGCACACUAGACUCAACAUGGUUGCUUGCCUGAAUCAAGAUCUAGAACACUGGAAUUUGCCACAACAACAAAACUAUUCAAACACACGUAAUGGAACCAGACAAACUGUGUUUGAGGUGCAGUAAGUAGUUUUGGAGAAGAAAAUCUAACUUAGAAUUUUACUAUUUACAAGAAAAAUUAGGUAAUAAUACAAACUCAGAAAUGUUCAUAUUUUCCUUACAUGAAUAAUCAAGCUGUUCUCAGAGAAAAAUAAGGUCCCAGAACACUGUUUGAGUUAGAAAGGUGUCAGCAUGAAACUGGAUUGUCCUUUAAGGUCACUUUGUUUAUUCAGUUUAUUCAGUCAUGAAAACAAGCAGACUUGGUUUCUUCAUGUCAAGGAAUACCUUUCUCUUUUGAUUAAAAUUGCUUCCCUCAAAAACUACAUACUGCACCUUUAAUGUAACACAUAUAGGAAAGUCAUUGGAUUUGUUGACACAAACAGUGUUUGGUCCCUGAGUUCUAAAAGAAUACACAAGAUUUCAUGUGACCUGCAGAGAAGUCCCAUCAUGCUCCACCCAGCCAAGAACUUUUUCAGAAGAGUACUAUAGAAAAAUAUAUAUUACACAAUGGUGGUAACUGUAUUUCUACUGUUUUGUACUGUGUUGUCAUUCACAUGAGGUCCAAAGUGUAUUCCCUGUGUGUCAAUUGUUAUAUAUAUCAGAAAUUCUGUGAAAUUCUGUGGCGCGUGUUCGUUUUGGUAUUGCUAUAUUUAGUUAGCUGUAUUUUUUCUACAAUCUCUUCUAUGUCCAGCUCUCUCUCCUCUGUCUCUCUCUUAUCUUAUCUUUCUCUGUCCUUCCAUUUUUCAAUUCCAACUGGUUUUCCAGUUAUUACACUCAGCACUUCCUGGAUUUAACAGAAAGAUGGGGGGGAAAGGCAAUUGAUGUUUACCAAAAAAACAAAAACAAAAAAAAACCACAGAAAACGAUGUUGUGAAAGGAAGAUAAAGUCGCUCAAAGUCACUGACUUUAUCUCGGCAUGUAAAGGGUUUUCAGGGAACUGGUCGUCUGAAUUCAGAUAAAGUCGUCUUUUUGUCUGUUUGAGUUCUUGUCAAAAGUAUAUUCAAGAAAAUUGGAAGGGCAAGUGCCUUGGUCUCCUAAUGAUAUGCAUCAAGAAGAGGUCAACAGGGCAUGAGGAAUUGUGGAGAUUCAAUGCAAAUAAAUAUUCAAAGUUGUUUGCAUAUUUACCUGUGCUUAAUGGGAUACACUGACCAAUCAGGAAUCAGGUUGUGGCAGCAUUUGACUCUUGCUGUGCGUUGUCGUAUGAGUUGUGUAGUACCCAUCAGGAUUCAUUACAUUAAUUACACCCAUUUAUGUGACUCAGCAGUUCUCUCAUUUCAAGAAAAAAAAGUGGGUCUGCAAAACAGGAGCCUGUAUUCAUCACAAUUUUAUCUGUGUUAUGUUAAUCACUUGGUUCACGUGUUUGAAUUUGAUUGGGUACUGGCUCAGAAAUCUAGGUUAUCACACCCACAGCUAACAUUUCUUGCCUCAAAUCAGAGUGGUUUUACGCUGCAUUCCUCUUGCUUUUAACCACAGAGCUCACUUUGCAAGUGCAAAUGUGAUUAUUGACAGUGCAGUCAGCAAGCGAAGAUGCGCCUCUGAACUUCCAGUCACACAAAUGGGAUGUCAUUUCACACGAGUGUUACCAUAAAAGUAGUCCUACGUGGUGUUCUAUACUCAAAGAAUCUUUGUCUAUGUAUGGUAGAGUCUGGAGUUUUAUAAAGACAAUUAUCUUUGCAUUGUUUGUAACGACCUGUAAAAAAAAAAAGAAAAAAGAAAAAAAAAGGUAUAAGAAAAAUCUGUUUGAUAUACAGUAUCUCUCUAUUUUGCAAUUGUACCAAAAGUGGCUUAACUACUGAAUAGCUUUGUUUUUCUCUAGUGACUAGGCACGUGUGUGUAACCGUGAACUAGCGUGUGGUGUGCUGUGUAGGUACGUGACGAGGUAACUAUAACGUUCACUAUUUCAUGGAUAUGACUUUGAUCCUUGUUUGAUUUCAGGCCGAAGCGGGUGAUGACACCGUGGGUAACUGCACUCUUUUCUCUAAUCAGAAAAUCUUUGUCCUCCCGGCCCCAUCACUCAGCUCCAGUGCCGCAGACGUGUUAGAUCUCGUGCUUAUCUGCUCCCAAUCUGCACUUAGGACUUGUACAUUUAACUUUCUUUGGCAGACCCAUUUCCCGUACCUGCUUUUCUUUUGGUCCUUGCAGCAUUCGAAGCUCAUUAUUGCAGAUAAAUUGGCCGGUGUAUUCAGGUGAUCUGGUGAGGUAACAGAGAUGUGAAGCUCAAUAAUGGGCCUACAUGGCUGCACCACCCCUACUCCUUCAAUAAGUUAUUUUUGUAGUGUGUGAUAAAAGUAUUUGUUUUUGCGGUGUACAUUUUAUAUAGUUCUGUGUAUAUAUCUAUAUAUAAUGUUGUUCCUGUUUUAUUUGUUUUUUAACUGUUCUGUAAGUGUCAGGGAAGUGAAGCAAAUCUGUUUGUAUUUGGUGUUUUAUGAAGUGAAAAAUUGUAUUCUGCUAUUUAAUGGUCUGUCUGUCAAAGAGUAAGGUUAACCUUAAAAAGUACAAUUGCCUCAAACGUUUUUUUUAUUAUUAUUAUUUAUCAAAGGGACAGCUAAUUUAAUUGAGUUAUUUACUGAAAUAGAAACAGGAACAUUACAUACAUGCAGCCUUUUUACCUGAACCGCUACUUUUCCACUGUGAAGUAAAAAGGGGUUAACAAGCCUACUGCUGUGCAGUUAAUAAGAAACGCGAGGCACGUCCUCAUCUGUAUCUGCAUUUAUAUCAAUUAAAAUUCAAACAGGUGAACAGCGAGUUAAGGCACUGGUAGGGUUUGAGGUUUUGAAAUAUGAUUUCUGCAUUUUCUUUACGCUGAUAACCAUUUGCACGGUCAGCCAACUGUGAAAUCAGAGAGCUACAAAUGUCAAAUGAAAAUUGCCGAAACAUUAUUCGAGCAUUUUCAGCUACAAGCAAAUAUUAGCUAUCACACACAGUAUAUUCAUGUAUGCGCUCUAUAUUUAAAAAAAAAAAAGAAAGAAAGAAAGUGCUGUUUUGUUGAUUUUCGGCUAGGUUUUGUUGUUAUAUUCUUUCUUCCUGUCAGCCUCUGCGUUUGCUUGUUAAAAGACGAUUUUGCUGGCGAGUCCUGUGUGGCUGUGUGUGGCACGAGAUAGGAAGAAACACACGACUUCUGCUCAGAUUGUAUCAAGUUGAAGCAAAACCUUGAAACUUGUCGGUGCUCGUCAGACUGUGUGUGUCGCUGUCAAAGGAUAUGUUUCCACCCAGUCUGUGUUUGGAUGCUCCUCUUGUUUAACUGAUGCAUUCUGCGUGAAUGUGUUAACGUGGCGGCUGCUGUCUAAUAGACAUCUCUAAUUAUGCAAACCGUGUAGGGCAAAAUUAGACCUCCUGCCACACACGAGCGGUGAUGCUAUCGUAGUCAUUGUGUCGAGUUGUCUGUUUUUAUGAUUGCAGGUACAGUGUGAUGUGACAACUUUAAAGAGCUUAUAUACAGAGUGUUAAGCAGUUGGUUGUACGUGCCGGCGCUAGUUUGUCUCUUUAAGUCUGACUUGUGCAUUGUGUCUUCAGUGUCACUGAACGAUUAACUGUGAAAACAUGAAUAUCCUGAGGAGAGAAAAAAAAAACAACAACUGAAAAGCCUGCAGUCGAACUGAAGAGCGCGUGUCUUCCAUAGCUGUAGUAGAGUCAGGGUGUUAGGUCUCUAAACAGAUUAGGUGAAAUAUCAGAGUUUCUUCCUGAUCUCCACUCAGCAGACACGAUCAGCUGACAGCAGUGACCUUUUGGUGAACAUCAGGCAGACAAGGCGCUUGGUGGUUUAUAACAGAGUUUAAGAGCUCAGAAGACACGCUGACCUUAUUUCCCCCCUGUCUGUACAGGGGUCAUGGCCUCCUUUAUGAAAAGACACUUCAUCUCAAAUCCAAGCAACCACUCCUAAACCACAUCUAUGAAUAUUUUACCGAGGCAGAAAGGAGUGCUGGGGGAACAUGUGAUGAAACUCUUAACCACGUCCCAAUCCACUCAUCCCAGCUGUUUUUUUCUUUACAAAGCGUCACUCUCAGCGGGCUUCCAGGCCCCUCUUCACAUUCUUCUAGGAGAUGCAAAUCAUUAACUCCUUAUCUUUCUGCUCGGCCAAUCGCUACGUAGUCACCCAGUUGUUUUCCUGUGUAGUGAAUCACGCCACCGUACUCUAAAAGCCCUUUCACCCACCUCCAACGGCGAUCGAUGGGAGUAAAUGAACCAAGGAUUCCUUUGAUCGUUUGUUUGGUGUUUUCAUCAAUAAUAAUGUUUGCUUUGCCUCCCAAGUUGCUCCCCCUUCUCCUGCUGCUCUCUCCCUCUGUUGCCCUUGCCCUUAUCAGUCGUUCAGCCUCGAAAUAACAUUCUUACCCAGAGUUUAGGUAUCACAUAACAUUUAACUUUUUUUUGUUUUGUUUGGUUUUUGUUUUAACUCCUGAUGAUAUUUUUUCCCCCAUCAAACCACAUGUGUCUGCCAGUGAGACUUCGACCAGGUUACUCAUGCGAGCUGGGAUAUUGUUGUGUUUCUAAAGUAUAUAACGGUCAGUUCAAAGCUAGAGAAAAGUAGUGAGUUCAGAAAUGCCCUUGUAAUAGAAAAUUCUGUGUUUUGUAAUAUUUCUGUAUGGGGUGUUAUAAAUUAUUCUAUGACAGUACUUUCUAUGGGAAAAUACUUAAAAUGUGACGGUCUUUGUAAGUAUUUAUCUUCAACUAAAUUAUUGUACCUUUUUUUUUUUUGCAAUUUGUAGAUAUGUAAGUGAUGAUGACAAGGUAUUGGUAAUCAUGGAAUUAACUGUUUCAUCAUCGGUCUGAUGCAUCUUUUAAUUUAUUGAUGUAUAUACUGUAUGUUUGUUGAUAAACAGCUUACUUUAUUUUGUAUAUGACCAAUAAACAUGUUUUGAAAUGGAA